GAGAGAGGGAGAGAGACUACAGAGUAGACACUAGAGACUAGAGAUGAAGACAACUUCGCUGAUGCUGCGCCUGCGCAGCAUUUGGAUCAUGUCCAGCUGGCUGCGUCACGAAGGACUCGCCGCGGCGGCAAUGGUCGUGCGUCGUCGGGAGAAGAAUCUGCAGCGUCUCGAAUACGAGCAGAAGUUGGAAUCGGAUGUGGGUCAAGUGGGAGUCGAUUCACGGGGCCAGCUGCGCCGCGUUCGCGUCAUGGACGACUAUAUCAUACCAGCCGAAUGCGGACUCUAGAUGAGCACAAU